AUGCAGGGCACAGGGUGUACGCUUAACUAUGUGAACUUGAUUGAACUUGCUGAUGUUCGGUCGCAGAUCGGCGGAUUCUCUGCGAUCGGGCCGUCCCGGCAUGCUCUCGAUGUUCCCCGUCGAACCGUACCUGCAAAGAUCACACACAGCUUUCGGUUGUCGUGGCCAAAGGUCAAUGAUAAGCGACGUGCUAUGGUGGCACGCUCAUCCAUGCAACAGAGGAGCGUGAGGCCUCGUCUCUCUAAUGCGCACCUAGUUAAUAUAUCCACCUGGGACAUCGAGAUGCACCGCUGUCCCUUCGGUUUAGUAUCGAUCGCCAGCUUCUAG